UUCCAAAGGGUUCAGAUAGUUUUUCUUGCAACUGUAUAUUGCUCAUUGAACCAUAGACCCAAAUGUUGGUGCUUAGAAACCCUCCCCGUGGGCUGCCCAUACAGAAACAACUGUAUGUUAUCGGCGACUUCGUUCUUCGAGAAGACUUCGCCACUGACAACUUUAACCCCCCAGUCAAUCGACCAUCUUUCAACAUCCACUAUAGCUUGUUGAAUAGAUUUGAUCACGAGUUUCCUUCCACCCUCCAAAUAGCGCCACCAUCAGCAUAUAGCGAAACUCCAAUACCCCUACCUACAUUCGAAAACACAUCGUUAAUCAUAAUGUCGAACAAAAUAAUACUGAUAGCACUGGCGAUGAUGUAUAAUAAGAAGCACCACUCUAUUUAGAGAACAAUGCUCCGGCUCCACCCAUGAAAAGCACGUUGUACGUAAUAAAAUAUGCCUGCGACCGCUUUCAACAAACGUGCGUGCGUUACGUGCAUCAAAGAUGGUGUCGUAGGAACUGGGUACUGUUGUUCUAGAAGUCAUCUGAGUCUCAAAUAGCUACAUGCAUGUAUUUAGUUCCUUGGGGCUGCUUAGAGUAAAUAAGUAUGAUCAAACUGAUGUUUGCAGGAUACAAAAAAAAAGGUGAAAGGUACAUGCAGAGAGGGUCGUUAGCAAGGAACUUAGCUUGAGGCAUGUUAGCUAGCUAACUAUGUGUAAGGUUGCUGUGUUUUGAACUGACCUGUGUGGUGUGUUGAGAUUUGACCGAUUGGAGGCUAGCUAUCGUCAGCUAACUUAGACCGCUCUAUCUAGCUGGAUCAGAGCGCGCGUGACCUUCUUUGCUCACAUUACAUAGUUAUCUGGCAAAGGUUACUGUAGUUAGCCAAAACAAAAGUCGCUAGCUGCCUUGCUUGCUUGCUCGUGAAAGUGAAGAGCGCGGACUAUAGAUAAGGUGAUUUGUUUUUAAGCUUCUACAGUAGCGGACUUGCUAAACUUGCUAGGGCGUGCUUUGUCAAUUCAGAACUACGCUAGGUGAGAGUGGUCUCGCAGCAUCUGGAUUCAACGAGUUUAGUGUGUAUGAAUGAAUGGACCCAAGUCAAACAGCUGGGAGGAAGCUCAAGCUUACAUUGCCGACAUUGGGUUACCACCGAAUUGACCAACGACUACAUUAAAGGGGACCAACAACGAAUAACUUUUGAUUGUCUUUUUUUAAAUUUUAUUUUUACCAUUUACAAAAAUGACUUACCGAGCCUUUAUAAACUUUCUGUGCCUUGGGAAUCGAGCUGUCACUAUUUUAAAUAGGAGCUCAGGUCACAUCCAGAUGGGGAUACGAAAUAUUGCAUCACAGGCUGAAAGUGGUUUCAACCCUGCGAAAGUUGCUGUGGUGACAAAGAUGACAAGAUAUGAAUUCGAGCAGCAAAGAUAUCGCUUUUCAGAGCUCUCAGAAGAGGACUUAAAACAGCUGCUUGCAUUGAAGGGCUCCAGCUACCUUGGGCUUCUGGAGAGACACAACAUCCAUACCCGCAAUGUGGAACACAUUGUGGAGAGUCUACAGAAAGAGGGGAUGGAGGUGCGUGUGGUGAAGAGAGGGCAAUAUGAUGAAGAAACAGUGCGAUGGGCAGAUGCUAUUAUCUCUGCAGGGGGGGAUGGGACUAUGCUACUUGUCGCCAGUAAGGUUUUCAAUAAAGACCAACCCGUUCUUGGAGUUAACACUGACCCUGAAAGGUCAGAGGGACACCUGUGCCUGCCUGUGCGUUACACACAUGCCUUCCCUGAGGCACUACAAAAACUCCGCCGUGGUCAGUUCAGGUGGCAGUGGCGGCAGAGGAUCCGUCUACACCUGGAGGGCACAGGGAUCAACCCCACCCCAGUGGACCUACAUGAACAGCAGCUCAGUCUGGAGCAACACAACCAGGCCCACCGCAUCACCCUCAUGGAGGCCCAGCGCAGUACGGCCCCUCGGCCUCCUAUGUGCGAGGCUUGCAGCUUAUCCAAGCCCUACCUACUCCCUGUCAGAGGACUGAAUGAGAUCUUCAUUGGGGAAUCUCUCUCCUCCAGGGUGAAGUAUAAAUCCUUCAAACCUCAUCUCACCCUCUCGCUCCAUAGGGCUUCCUACUAUGAGAUCUCUGUGGACGAUGGACCGUGGGAGAAGCAGAAGAGCUCUGGACUUAGCAUCUGCACUGGGACUGGAUCUAAAGCCUGGUCUUACAAUAUCAACAAACUGGUUGAACAGGCUGUGGGAGAAGUCUUAAGAAUAGGAAAGGCACAAAUGGGUCUUGAUAUUCCACUGAGUCAGGAAUUGGUUGAAAAGGUGACUGAUGAAUACAACAAGUCUCUGGUGUUUGGGCCGGAGGAAGGCAGAAUGAUCUUCAGCAUCAGAGAGCCCAUAGUCAACAGAGUAUUCUCCAGCAGUCGCCAAAGAGGCUUUGCCAACAGGUGUGAGUGUUGACAAGGCUGGAGAUCACUCUGUCAUGCUGAUUGAGUUCGAAUAACAGACUGGAAGCUUCAAAAGGAGGGUGGUCCUUGGAAUCAUUGUUCUUCCGCUGUCAACCAUGGUUACCUGCAAGGAAACACGUGCCGUCAUCAUUGCUUUGCACAAAAAAUGGCUUCACAGGCAAGGAUAUUGCUGCAAGUAAGAUUGCACCUAAAUCAACCAUUUAUAGGAUCAUCAAGAACUUCUAGGAGAGCGGUUCAAAUGUUGUUAAGGCUUCAGGGUGCCCAAGAAAGUCCAGCAAGCGCCAGGGACCGUCUCCUAUAGUUGUUUCAGCUGCGGGAUUGGGGCACCACCAGUACAGAGCUUGCUCAGGAAUGGCAGCAGGCAGGUGUGAGUGCAUCUGCACACACAGUGAGGCGAAGACUUUUGGAGGAUGCCCUGGUGUCAAGAAAGGCAGAAAAGAAGCCACUUCUCGCCAGGGAAAAACAUCAUUGAUAGACUGAUAUUCUGCAAAAGGAACAGGGUUUGAACUGCUGAGGACUGGGGUAAAGUAAUUUUCUCUGAUGAAUCCCCUUUCUGAUUGUUUGGGGCAUCCGGAAAAAAAGGUUGUCCGGAGAAGAAAAGGUGAGCGCUACCAUCAGUCCUGUCAUGCCAACAGUAAAGCAUCCUGAGACCAUUAAUGUGAGGGGUUGCUUCUCAGCCAAGGGAGUGGGCUCACUCACAAUUUUGCCUAAUAACACAGCCAUGAAUAAAGAAUGGUACCAACACAUCCUUCGAGAGCAACUUCUCCCAACCAUCCAGGAACAGUUUGGUGACGAACAAUGCCUUUUCCAGCAUGAUGGAGCACCUUGCCAUAAGGCAAAAGUGAUAACUAAGUGGCUUGGGGAACAAAACGUCGAUAUUUUGGGUCCCAAGUCCAGGAAACUCCCCAGCCCUUAAUCCCAUUGAGAACUUGUGGUCAAUUCUCAAGAGGCAGGUGGACAAACAAAACCCCACAAAUUCUGACAAACUCCAAGCAUUGAUUAUGCAAGAAUGAGCUGCCAUCAGUCAGGAUGUGGCCCAGAAGUUAAUUGACAGCAUGCCAGGGCGGAUUGCAGAGGUCUUGAAAAAGAAGGGUCAACACUGCAAAUAUUGACUCUUUGCAUCAACUUAAUGUAAUUGUCAAUAAAAGCCUUUGACACUUAUGAAAUGCUUAUAAUUAUACUUCAGUAUUCCAUAGUAACAUCUGACAAAAAUAUCUAAAGACACUGAAACGGCAAACUCUUUGGAAAUUAAUAUUUGUGUCGUUCUCAAAACUUUUGGCCACGACUAUAGACUGGAGUUGCUUACCCAGAUGACAUUGAAUGUUCCUGAAUGGCGUAGUUCCAGUUUUGACUUUUAAAUCGGCUUGAAAUUAUGGCAAGACUUAAAUGGCUGUAGUAAUGAUCAACAACCAACUUGACAGAGCUUUAAGAAUUUAAAAAAAUGAUGUGCAAAUAAUGUACAAUUCAGGUGUGGAACACUCUGACUUACCCAGAAGGACUCCCAGCUGUAAUCGCUGCCAAAGGUGAUUCUAACAUGUAUUGACUCGGGUGUGAAUACUCCCAGUAUGUAAAUUAGAUUUCUGUAUUUCAUUUUCAAUAAAUACGCAAAAAGAAA